AUGAUUACUGAGGCACCCAAACACAUGGUGAAUGCCCCUGUAUGGAACCAACUGCUGGGAUUCAUGGGGAGGCAGAAGAAGCUGGAUAGAGUCUGGUCGCUGUACAAUCAAAUGAAAAAGCGCAACAUUAUCCCCACAUCUCGAACGUACUCUGUGGUCCUCAAUGCUUAUUCCGGCAUUUCUCAUUCUGGUCAAGAGCCAGAAUUCAGCUUUGCCACGCCUUCUGAGCGCACUCUGUCACGAGUCACUAUCAUCUACAAGCAGUCCCAGGUGCACAUCAAACGUCUCGCCGCGCGCCUGAAAAAGGCUUCGGCUCCUUCAGAGGACGAUUUGGGAAUGUCCCUGCCCGGUGUGGCUCUCAAAGAAGCGAGCAAGCGGGAACCUCUUCCGAACCAAGCAGAGAUUGAAGAAGAAGUCGACUUGGCGCCUACGAACGCCUAUCUCAAAUUUCUGAGCCGACAUGGGAUGUGGAAUGAGAUGCAGCGCGUCUUCCUCUCCCUCGACACCGAAGGCCCCCUUGCGGCUGACACUACCACUUAUACCAUCAUGUUCACCACUCUAUACCACGUCCACCGUGCUCUCGAGCGGGUACCAAACGAUCAAGCCCAGGCGCUCAAGAUCGGGCCGGCAGCGAGAGGAAUGUGGGAUCAGUGCAUCAGGCAAUUCGGAAAGGUGGGGAAAGACCCAUCAAGGCAGAUUGACAAUGUGCUGUUUGCACAGUAUCUGCGUUGUCUGAUGAGAGGCCGACCAGAGGAUCACCGACAAGCUGUCAGCGUAGCCGAGCAGAUCUGGGACCUCCCUUCCCCGGGUCAUGCUGCCCCCGCGUCCGCUUCGUCUACCACACUCUCCCAACCCAGUAUCACCCCUACUGUCGCAUCUCUCCCCAAACUGUCUGUCGACGUGAGGUCAGCCACUGCCCUGAUCUCUGCCCUCCACACUGCUCGCCACCCGACUCUAGCAUCGCAUUACACCCACCUCAUCCUCGAAAACAAGAAGCUGGAGCCAGACUUUGAUCUUGAGUUUCUCAAAAUUGCCAUCCUUGCGCUUUCUACUACGGGGGAUAUUCAGGCGGUGCUAGGUGUGCUGGAUAUGUACCAGCCCCCCGGAGCCGGCAAGAACGGCUGGUCAAGAGACACCUGGCGAGCCGCCAUCACCGCCGCUCGCUGGGCCGGUGAUUACUCUGCCGCUCUCUCCAUCUUUCAACGCGCUACCCAUCUCUCGAAUGGUUUUGGUCACGUCCGCAUGGACCCUUCGGACAAGGUCCCCAAAGUGACCUCCUACAUCUGGUCUACUCCCAAUGGGAGAGGCAAAGAUGCCAGAGGUAUGACGUGGAUCAAGCCUGAAAAGAUGGAUGCGGACGCGCAGUUCCUGGGGCUUUUGUUCAAAACGGCUCUACAGAAAAGCAACAAGGAGGUCGCUUCCGCUCUUGACAUAUUCUUCCAUCUGGGCGGCGAGGGCGCCUUUUUAGUGUGGCCAUUCACUGAAGGGAGCGAUAAGCCUCUUCUCCUGCGUACGCUGAGUCUGCGUGGUGUCACUGCCUCUGCGCGCAAAGCACUUGUCGACAGAGUCGAGUUGGCAAAGGACGUGGUGCGGGCAGCGGAGAGGGUUGGAGGGGAAGCCAAUGAGGGGCUGGUCAAAGAUAUGGGGGAGAUUGUCUCGCGAUGGGGACCCGUGCUCAAGGGUAGAGUGUUGCAGGAUUCCUCUGCAGUCUCUACCGCGAGGACGAAGGGGAACCGAGAGCGCGAGGAAGCGGAAUGGGAAGACGAAGACCUGGAAGAGGAGCCUGUAUCGAGAAAGUCGUACGGUGACAAGAGCUCGAGAGGCUGGAAGACAAAUGGAAAUUCUGAAAGAAGGCGGCCAGAAGGGCGUGAAAGUUCCAGCCGGCCUUGGGAGGGCAGAGGUGGAGGACGAGGGAGAAGAGAUGGCGCAAACAAGACGGAUUACAGUAGUAAUAACAACUUUAGCCGCGAGCGCCCCGGCCGCCCGAGAUUUAGAUCUGAGGAGAGAGGUUCCAAUGCAACUAGAAGGGAGAGGGAGCCAGAGCGCUCAUCGGGCUUUGGGUUGCGCAAGUAG